CAAAACUGGAACGCCUCCUCGCAACUUCUCCUCUCCCCUCUCGUCAUCUGUCAAGUCGUAGUUUCAUCACUUGACCAUCAGCUCUUACCAGAGAGCAUUUGUGAGCUUUUCAAAACAGCAAUUGCCCCAUUGAUAGCUACGCGACGCAACAUCCGCCACAUAUGAAGACGGCGCGCCUUUCCGCCGUCCUCACGCGGCCAUGCCUCUAUAAACUCGUGCCUGGAGCAGCAUCAAUGGCAUUGGGUUCAUAUCCUCUGACCCCCAAAAGUCUCAGCCGACAUUCCCAACGGGCCUUUUCAUCACCUUCAGGGCUUAAGGAUCUACUUUGGGUCUCUGAAGAAGUCUCCGAUGCCGUUGCUACCAAUAAGCCGGUCGUUGCUCUUGAAUCUACCAUUUAUACCCACGGCUUUAUGGGCAAGACGCUAGCACAGGAACACGAUCAACUAGUCCGAAGUCAUGGGGGAAUACCUGCCAUUAUUGCAAUUGUUGAUGGCGUCCCCAAGGUUGGCGUAUCGCAUGAAGAUAUAGUCAAAAUGAUUGAGUCGGGCUCUGCUGUCAAAGUGUCUCGACGAGAUAUAUCCUACCUUGUUGGCAUGGGGUUGACAGGUCGCAAAAUCCACGGCGGAACAACAAUUGCCGGCACAAUGCUGCUUGCCCGCCUGGCUGGCAUUCGCGUUUUUGGAACCGGUGGUCUCGGCGGUGUGCAUCGCGGUGGCGAGAAUUCCAUGGAUAUAUCCGCCGAUCUCACUGAGCUUGGGAGAACCCGCGUCGCUGUUGUAAGCAGUGGCUGCAAGGGAUUCUUGGACCUGCCACGCACGCUUGAGUUCCUAGAGACACAAGGCUGCCUUGUUUCUACGUUUGCGGAUGGCCGAAAGGGCGACGUGGACUUCCCUGCCUUCUGGGCCCGAGACAGCGGUGUAACGAGCCCCUCAACCUUCUAUACUGAUGAGGAAGCUGCUGCCAUGAUCUUCGCUCAAGAGAAACUCAAUAUUGAGUCUGGUAUGCUUAUUGCUAAUCCAAUCUCCGAGGAAUAUGGAAUUCCCAAGGCCGAAAUGCAGUCCAUGAUCGAACAGGCAGUGACGGAAGCUCUUGAAAAGGGAUUCACAGGCAACAAGAACACUCCGUUUAUUCUUGGUAGACUCAAAGAGCUGACUGGUGAACGCGCGGUCGUCGCUAACAUGGCUCUUGUCAAAUCCAAUAUUAUUCGUGCCACAAAGAUUUCCGUCGAACUUUCCCGCAUGUUAACUUCGGGUACCUCUCAGAAGCUCCACCGAAAUACACCAAUCCUCUCACAACGCAAGGUAUCGCAAACCAAGACCGCACAUGAUACAUCGCUUAGCUCUAGUAAGCAGGCAGACAUCCUGGUCGCGGGUUCCGUGGCCAUCGAUCUUAACUGCGACUAUGGUAGCAUAAAGUCUGGACAGGUUGAACCACAAAGACACACGUCCAACCCUGCCCGUAUUAGCCAAUCGAUUGGUGGGGUUGGUCACAAUGUUGCCCUCGCUGCCCAUUACGCAAGUUCCGAUUCGGAGGUCGCCUUCUGCAGUUUAGUUGGUGAUGAUGUCGCUGGAACAAGUAUUCUAUCGACUCUCAGGUCGACUGGUCUGGAUUCCACCAGAGUCAAGGUCUUGACGACUGACGAACACCCAAAUACCCGUACGGCUCAGUAUAUCGCAGUAAACGACGGCAAAAAAGAUCUGGUUAUAGCUAUGGCGGAUAUGGACAUAUUCAAGGAUCAUCCCCUACCCCACCAUUGGCAGUCCAUGGUGGCCGAGACUAAACCCAAGUGGCUUGUCACGGAUGGCAAUUGGAGCCCUGAACAACUCCGCACUUGGCUCCAGGCUGGAAGAGAGAAUAAAAGCCAAGUCAUUUUCGAGCCUGUGUCGGUGGAAAAGUCUCGCGGUCUCUUUUGCCGAGAGAGGGGUCUUCACAAGCUGCGGAUCUUCCCAGACCCUAGCGUCACCCUCGCUUCGCCAAAUCAGUAUGAACUGGCUGCUAUGCAUCAAGCAGCGCAGGAAAACGAUUAUUUCGAGUCUACCGAGUGGUUUGAUAUUAUCGACUCCUUCGGCAUGCGAGGUGCUCGAGAUAAAUUUGUUCACAUCGCCGGCCAAGCCCUCACGGACGCCGGUGUUCCGCUCCAAUCUGUGCAGCUCUUACCGUAUAUUCCUACAGUUAUCACAAAACUAGGGGCUCAAGGCGUUUUGAUGACGUCUAUUUUAAGUAAAGAUGAUGCCCGUUUGCGCGACAGAGAUGAGGAAGAAUACAUCUUGUCCAGAGCACCACCUACCCAUCCUUCAGUUGGUGGCAUGUACAUGAGGCUUUUCCCAGCUGCCAAAAAAGUGGAAGAAGUUAUAUCUGUUAACGGAGUCGGUGACACCUUCCUAGGCGUAUUAGUUGCUGGACUGGCUCAGGGCGGGCGGGUUGAUAGGCUGAUCAACGUCGCCCAGAAGGGUGCUGUUUUGUCGUUACAGUGGCCUGGAUCGGUCAGCCCCAAGGUGGCCACGUUGAAGCAAGAAGUGCUUCAAUCCGCGAAAACCUAAUUUAUAUAUACCGACCCCCACUAAUACAUACUAAUUUUAUCCUUG